CACUGGCGCGUCUCGAGGAGGAGGGCGAGGAUGUAGUGAUGACAUCUCAGAGUUCAUUGGUUCCUCUACCCAUCAAUCACGAGGUGGCCGGCGGGUCGGGCAGCAGCUCAGACAUGGCCGACGGCGGUGGCUGGCGGCCGCCGCGCCCGUGCGAGGCCUACCGCGCGGAGUGGGAGCUCUGCUGCAGCGCCGGGCACUUCCUGCGCCACUACUACGUCCACGGAGAGCGGCCGGCCUGCGGGCAGUGGCGGCGGGACCUGGCCAGCUGCCGCGAGUGGGAGGAGCGCCGCAGCGCCGAGGCCCAGCGGUCCCUCUGUGAGAGCGAGCGGGCAAGAGUCCGGGCCGCACAGAAGCAUGGCCUGGUGUGGACCCCCAGGCAGAGCCCCCCUGCAGACUGGCACCUCCCUCUGCCUCAGGACAAGGACAGCUGACCAGCGCUCUGUAUGUCUCACACCCCUACCGCUGUGAUUGACCUCAACCAUCCAGUGGGUCCCUGAGAGCCCCGCCUCUGGCCUUACCUGCUGCCGCACCUGAACCGGUGCACCCAGUGCACAUCUUCCAGGCCACAGGCAGCACUGCCGAUCCUGCGGGAGGUGGUCAGGCUGGCUGUGCUCCCCUGGGGAUCGUCCCCCACCCCAGGGGCUGCGUUCUGGGGGGCAGGAGGGGAGAGGAUGGGCUACCAGGGCUCCACCUGGGCCCUCCUUGCUCUGGACCUCGUGGGUGAACUCUCCAGAGGUAUCCCUGACCCAUGUGGACAUGCGAGGAGCAAAAUAAGGUGGCCAGGUAGCCUCGCCUGGCUCUGGUUCGGUGCCGGCCCCGCUGAGGCCCCUCCCUCAGCCCCUCAGCAGCACAGGUGGGCCCCCCAGGGCCUUUUGGAGAUGCUCAUGGCUCCAGGAUGGGAUGCACACCCUUGUGUGAAUUGGGUUUGUGAACUUUG